AUGUUUCAGUAUCGUCCACCGGGAUAUGGAGAGGCUAUUUGCGAACGUCCAUUUGCCCAAGGGCCGGAAGGCAAAGCUGGCUACCAGGGCUUGCGAAAGAUUGAAAUUGCGAGGACGAAUCAAUCAAUCAAAGUGCUGUGUAUGGUGUAUACCCAUAGCAAAAAGCAUGAUAAUCUCCGUUCGGUAGUCGAGACCUGGGGCAGCAAGUGCGACGGUUUUAUGGCGGCCUCGAACGUGACCGAUGCUUCGCUGGGUGCGGUAAAUUUGCUCCACGAAGGGCCGGAAGACUACGGCAACAUGUGGUUGAAAGUCAAGGCCAUGUGGCAAUACGCGUACGACCACUACCGGAACGACUAUAAUUUCUUUCACGUGGGUGGAGACGAUCACUACGUAAUUGUGGAGAAUUUGCGUUACACGGCGGCGACUGGAAAUUGGCACGGUCCUUGGAAUCAAUCGUCUCCGUUGUACUUGGGUGGACCCAUGGCGGACAAGUUCGAAUCGACGCGCUACUGUGGGGGUGGUAGCGGGUACACAUUGAAUCGUGUUGCUUUGCGACAACUGGUGGAAGAGUUGUUGGCGCAUCCCGACUGCUGGCCGCACUGGCGUGCACCAGACGAAGAUCGUAUCAUGGCGAGCUGCUUUCGAAGGACGGGACUCCAGUGUAUGGAUACAAACGACGAAAGCAAGGAGUCUCGGUACCAUCCAUGGGACGUCAAUUACCAUGCACAGUGGACGAAACGGCAGGGCGGCAACUGGUGGCCCUCGCUAUUGGAAACCCGGCAGGGCAUUCCGCAACCGGAGGGUCUGGGCCAAAUUUCCAAAUCGAGCGUUUCGUUUCAUUUGAAACCAAUCAAGGAAAACGGGAGAAACGAUUUGCCUCCAGACAAAGGGAUGCGGCGCUAUCACGCGAUUCUGUACGGUCUGUGUGACAAUCACACAACCGGUACCUCCAAUACUACUACCCUACGCAUAACAUAAAACACAAUUGGCCUACCAAUAGGUAAUUGGCAAGUCUG